UGCAACCCGAGAUUCUUCAUGUUGGGUACAAACACCACAGCAACUGCCAGGGGCUGCACCGCUCCUCAGCCUGCUCGACCCUUGUGAGCUGUCCCAUCACCCACGAGAGGAGAUUUACAGAAGCAAGAAACAAUCUACAGCCCCGUGUGCGCCCUGCAGACUCCCGUGAAUCAUCAGCACAGGGCGGCUCAAGGUGGGCAGCACAGCCAACGUCCAGCUCCCCCUCACCUCGCAGCUCCUGUACGACCGUUCUGGAAACGCCACCUCGCUCAACCACAGGCUCAGAAUGGACCUCGAGGCCAGGGUGCAUGCCGAGGCCCUCCUGCUCAAGGCCGCCCGCACGUACGGCGUCCAGGUCCGCAGGGACGAGGUGCAACAGCAUCUCCGCCACGACCACUACGGCGCCGCAUUGGCCGAGUGGGCGAGUUUGCAUCUCACGACGGACAACCUCCUGACCCCUGAUGAGCUGGCAAUAUACUCGGCGCUCGACAGGAAUGGCCAGGUCGACAUCCUGGCCAACCUCCAUGACCUGUCCGAGGUGCAGAGCGUCACCGAGGACGACAUCAAGGCCGCCGUCGAGGAGCUGAGGAGGUCUACCGAGAGCAUCACCAAACAGAGCGAGACCCUCCGCCAGCAGCAGGAUGCCCUCUCGCGCCUCGUCAGGAAGCGCGCUGAAAACGAGGCCCGGCGGCGGGAUCUCGACCUGGACAGGCAGAGCAAGUCCGAGUCGGAACGGCAGCGGGUUGCCGCCGAGGUAGAAGCAGCUUCGCAGAGCCUUGCCUUUCGCAUCUCCGACCUCGAGGAGCAGGGCGCCCAGGCCGGCUCCAAUCUCAACGGCACCCUGGGCGAGAUAUUCCGGGCCGAUGACAAGCUGCUCGCCAACCUGCAGAAGCUGGGCUGGGAGCUGGAGCAGCCAGAUCCGGACGAGACGUCCAAGCUUGACAGGCUGCGUGAAAUCUGCUCGCGUCUUGUCAAGAUUACGGUGCAGACCAUCCGCGCGAAGCUGGACACCACGUACAUGGAAACACUCGUGGAGGCUGAGCGAUCAGGCCGGGUCAAGCCUUCAACCGAUGACGAGGUCAAGGCACUUGAAGCAGAGGUCGAGUCGCUGCACUCGGAGAUUCUCUCCGUCGCCCAGCUGUCUGUGGAACACCAGUACCUUGAGCCGGCGCUCACAACGGUGUCCACAGAAGGGGGCCAGAGUGCAAUGCGCACGUCCAAUGCCUUGGCAUACAUUGACCAAUGCCUCGACUAUCUGAUGGGUCGCCUCGAUCGAAUCCAAGGACGCAUCGAGACUCAUCUGUCACACCAAGCCGCCGCCGCCGCACUCAUCACCACCGCCAAGGCCGAGGUGGCCGUUGACAUCCCACCGCCCGUGAAGCAGUCGUCGUCGUCAUCGUCCGCGCCGGUUUCCAUCUUUCCCAGCUCGCCCAGCAAGUCGGGCACCCCGCGGAAGCGCUCCAACACCGUGGGCUCUCAGCACCGCCGCAGGUCGUCUGACAUUGCCAACGAGCCGCCGCUCGACACCCUCAUGUACAAUCUGUCGGUGCCGUCGUCGGUGUCCGAAGAGACGGAUGGAAGGGCGCAGAUUGUGGCCUUGUCCAAAAUUCUCGACGAGCGAUGGAACAAGUAUGAGGAGAUUGCUCGCGGCGCGCAGGAGGCGUUUGAGAUGGGCGCUCUGGCGCAGCUCAACGACACUCGGCUUGCUAUUCAGCUGGUGAGGGACAGCGUGUUGGCAGAGAGUUCGUUUAACGAGCCGAAUCUGGUCGACCCGGAGAUCUCAGGCUCCAUCACCGUGUUGGCGGCAGAGGUGGAGGGCGCAAAAGACAGGCUGGCGCUUGUCGAGGGCCAACGGAGGGACUGGAGAAGUGAGAAGAGGGACGAGUUUGUUGCACGAUGGCGGUAGGCAUAAACGAGGUUGCAUUGAAGAAACA